GGGCCUCACUCUGUCUCCCAGGCUGGAAUGCAGUGGCAUGAUCUUGGCUCCCUGCAACCUCUGCCUUCCAGGCUCAAGUGGUUCUCCUGCCUCAGCCUCCCAUGUAGCUGGGACCACAGGUGCACACCAGCAUACUUGGCUAAUUUUUGUAUUUUUUGUAGAGACAGGGUUUUGCAUGAUUGCCUAGGCUGGUCUUGAAUACCUGCCUACCUUGGCCUCCCAAGUGCUGGGAUUACAGGUGUGAGUCACCACACCUGGCCACAUUGUUCAUAUUCUUUGUUCUGUAAAAGUGACAUUUUUUAAAAUGACCUAAGAUUUUCUUUUUCUCUCUUUCCUUUUCCUUCCUUCCUUCCUUCCUUUCUCUUUUUUCCUUUUUCUUUCUCUCUCUCUCUCUCCUUCUGUCUUUUCUCCCUUUCUUCCCUUUCUUUCCUUUCUUUUGGUGGAGACAGUUUCCCACCAUGUUACCUAGACUGGUCUCAAAUUCCUGGUCUCAGCAAUUCUCCUGCCUGGGCCUCUCAAAGUACUGGGACUACAGGAAUGAGCCACUGCACAUGGCACUGGAUACAGAUUUUUUUCUUUUUUUAAAUUUUGAGACAGGGUCUCACUCUGCACCAGACUGGAAUGCAGUGGUGUGGUCAUGGCUCACUGAAGCCUUAACCCCCUGGCUCAGGUGAUCCUCCUACCUUAGUUUCACAGGUAGCUAGGACUACCGGCACGUACCACCACGCCUAGUUUAUUUUUUGACUUUUUGUCAAGACACGGUCUCUCUGUGUUGUCCAGGCUGGUCUCAAACUCCUGGACUCAAGUGAUCCUCCUAACCUCCGCCCCCUGAAGUGCUGGGAUUACAGGUGUGAGCCACUGUGCCUGGCCCUGGACCCAUAUUUUAAUGUGCAGUCUUCUUAUGUUUAAAUGUUAGUCCUAAUACAUUGCAGGCAGUCUUGACCAACUGGGAACCAGUUUGUGACUACUGUAUUUUAAAGAGACCCUUUUCAGUUAUAUUAUAAUUAUGAUGACCUGAUACUCUUAAGUAAUUUUAAACACAUAAACCCUUGAGAACAACCUGAAAAAAAGAAAAGCCUUUCCCAUGUCUGUCAUCUAAUUUUCUUUGUUUUUUUUUCCUUUGAGACGGAGUCUUGCUGUUGCCAGGCUGGAGUACAAUGGCGCAAUCUCGGCUCACUGCAACCUCUACCUCCUGGGUUCAAGCGAUUCUUUGGCCUCAGCCUCCUGAGUAGCUGGGAUCACACGCGCAUGCUACCACACCCAGCAUGGUAUUUUUAGUAGCAUGGUAUUUUGUAUUUUUUUUUUUGAGACGGAGUUUUGCUUUUGUUACCCACGCUGGAGUGCAAUGGCGCGAUCUCGGCUCACUACAACCUCCGCCUCCUGGGUUCAGGCAAUUCUCCUGCCUCAGUCUCCUGAGUAGCUGGGAUUACAGGCACACGCCACCAUGCCCAGCUAAUUUUUUGUAUUUUUUACUAGAGAUGGGGUUUUACCAUGUUGACCAGGAUGGUCUCGAUCUCUUGACCUUGUGAUCCACCCGCCCCGGCCUCCCAAAGUGCUGGGAUUACAGGUAUAUUGACCGAAGUUUAAUGAGAAGAACUGUGACCAGCUAGGAGAAUCACUGCAAGGAAUGGAAUUAGCUCAUAGCUUAUUGCUGAAUGAAGAAGCAUACAGUCAACUAGGUGAAGUUCAGAAGGCAGAGUUUAUUUUUGAGUGGUUGAGCUAUUUGGAGAAGCUGUUGUUAGCAACCAGCAGGAAUGAUGUAAAGGAGAAACAGAAGACUCUUGUUGAACAGCUCCUCUCCUUGUUGAAUAGCUCCCCAGGGCCUCCUACCCGCAAACUCCUUGCUAAGAAUCUAGCCAUACUUUAUAGUAUUGGAGAUACAUUCUCUGUUUACGAGACAAUCGAUAAAUGUAAUGAUCUUAUUCGUAGCAAAGAUGAUUCUCCAAGUUAUCUUCCCACUAAGCUUGCUGCUGUGGUAUGUUUGGGUUCCUUGUACAAGAAAUUGGGUAGAAUACUGGGUAACACCUUUACUGAUACGGUGGGGAAUAUUCUUAAAGCUAUGAAGAGUGCAGAGUCUCAAGGUCGAUAUGAGAUUAUGCUAAGUCUGCAAAAUAUAUUAAAUGGACUGGGAGCUGCCGCUGCACCUUGUCACAGGGAUGUUUAUAAAGUUGCUAGAUCCUGCUUAACAGAUAGAUCCAUGGCUGUUCGUUGUGCUGCUGCAAAGUGUCUCCUUGAACUUCAGAAUGAAGCCAUCUUUAUGUGGAGUACGGACCUGGACAGUGUAGCCACACUGUGUUUUAAGUCCUUUGAAGGUUCCAAUUAUGAUGUGCGGAUUUCUGUUUCGAAGCUACUAGGCACAAUAUUAGCUAAAGCUACAAUUUCUAAACAUCCAGGAACAGGGUUUCACCAUGCUGGCCAGACUGGUCUUGAACUCCUGAUGAUAGGUGACCUGCCCGCCUCAGCCUCCCAAAAUGCUGGGAUUACAGGCUUGAGCUACUGCGCCCAGCCAUCCUCACGUCAAAGCAUUCGCAGAGUAUCUCUGGAGGAAGUUCUGGAAUUACUAGGAACAGGGUUUCUACGUGGAAGUUCAGGAUUUCUUCGAGCCAGUGGAGAUAUGCUGAAAGGAACCAGUUCAGUCAGUAGGGAUGUUCGAGUUGGAGUUACUCAGGCUUAUGUGGUAUUUGUUUCAACACUAGGAGGAGCUUGGCUAGAGAAAAAUUUUGCUGCCUUUCUUUCUCAUGUCCUAAGCCUUGUGUCACAGUCACACCCUAAAACUACCCAAACUCAGAUUGAUGCUGUCUGCUGUCGCCGUUGUGUUUCAUUUAUUCUUCGAACUACUAUAGGAGGUCUACUUGGAGAAAAGGCUCAACUUGCUGCUGUAAAGGAUAUUUUCCAGGCCAUCUGGAAGCUAAAGAAAGUUAUGGAUGCCGUAAUGAGUGAUGGUAAUUUGGAUACCCGGCUUGGUUCCACAGAUGUAGCAGCUAGCCAGCAUAUGCUGGUUUGUGCUUUGCAAGAACUUGGAAAUCUCAUAUACAGUCUUGGUACCACAGUGGCACCUUUGCUACAGGAUUCAAGUACAGGCCUUCUUGAAAGUAUCUUGUCAGUUAUUCCUCAUCCUAGCAUUUCUGUUCGACUAGCAGCAGCUUGGUGUUUACACUGCAUUGCCGUGGCAUUACCUUCCUGCCUAACACCUCUCUUGGAUCGUUGCCUUGAACGGCUUACUGGACUAAAGGCUUCACCUGAAACAGUAACUGGCUUUAGUUUUGCUGUGGCAGCUUUGUUGGGAGCAGUAAAACAUUGCCCUUUAGGAAUUCCUCAUGGAAAAGGCAAGAUUAUUAUGACAUUAGCAGAGGAUUUGCUGUGUUCUGCUGCUCAAAACAGUCGCCUUUCAGCUCAGCGCACACAAGCUGGAUGGUUGCUGAUUGCUGCUCUGAUGACAUUAGGUCCUGCAGUUGUUAGCCAUCACCUUGCUCGAGUUCUCCUGUUGUGGAAGUGUGUCUUUCCAGCAUCUCCUAAAGAUCUAGAAACAGAAAAGAGCCGAGGAGAUUCAUUUACAUGGCAGGUAACCCUGGAAGGACGAGCUGGUGCGCUGUGUGCUAUCAAGAGCUUUGUUUCCCACUGUGGUGAUCUCCUUACUGAGGAAGUAAUUCAGCGUCUUCUUCCACCACUUCCUUGUGCUGUGGAUUUGCUAACUCAGCUUUCUUCAAUACUAAAAACAUAUGGAAGCCCUUUGAAAACACCAUCAGUGGUUUAUAGACAAAGACUUUAUGAACUGUUGAUUUUAUUACCUCCUAAGACCUAUGAAGGAAACAUCUGUGCUAUCCUCAAAGAGCUGGCUGCAGACUUGACUGCCCCUGAUAUCCAGGUGGCAGCAUCUACAUUUUUACUUCCACCCCUCUGUCAUCAGGAUGAUCUUUUGAUAUUAAGUCCUUUGCUACAAGAAACUGACCAUAGAUUUAUUGAAGAGCAACUCCUGCUUGGUAAUGGUAUUGCUUGCGGAAGUCUUGAAUAUGACCCUUAUUCUGUUUAUGAGAAAGACGUAGAGGGAGAUUCAGUGCCUAAGCCCCUACCUCCAGCACUAUCAGUUAUUGGUUCUGCAGCCAAACUCUUUGGGGUUGUAUGUGCUCAUGUGGGAGUAACUCAAAGGCUUCUUAUAUUGGAACAGCUUUUGGACCAUAUUAAGCACACAAAAGGAGCUCGUCAGCAAGUGGUUCAGUUACAUGUUGUUUCUUCAGUUUCUAGUUUUUUGAAGUAUGUGGCUGGCUCCAAGGGAUGUUUAGGUCCAGAAGAAAUGAAAAGAUUUGCCCUAACAUUAGUUACAGGAGCCCUAGAAAGUCCCAACCCCUUGCUGAGAUGUGCAGCUGCAGAGGCAUGGGCUAGAUUAGCCCAAGUGGUUGAUGAUGGAGCUUUUACUGCUGGAUUAGCUCAAGUUAGCUUUGACAAAUUGAAAUCAGCAAGGGAUGUGGUUACUAGAACAGGAUACUCAUUGGCCUUGGCGUCCCUGCAUAGGUAUUUAGGAGGAAUAAGUUCUCAACACCUAAAUUCUUGUGUUGGAAUCCUGUAUACUUUGGCUCAGGACAGUACUUCUCCUGAUGUGCAAACCUGGGCAUUACAUUCUCUAUCGUUGAUCAUUGAUUCUGCUGGCCCACUCUAUUAUGUGCAUGUGGAACCUACCCUUUCUCUUAUUAUAAUGUUGUUGUUAAAUGUGCCUCCUACUCAUGCUGAAGUUCACCAAAGCCUUGGUCGCUGUUUGAAUGCCCUUAUUACCACGUUAGGUCCAGAGCUACAAGGUAACAGUACUUCAAUUUCUACCUUAAGGACUUCCUGUCUACUGGGUUGUGCAGUAAUGCAAGAUAACCCAGAUUGCCUUGUUCAAGCUCAGGCCAUCUCUUGCCUUCAGCAGCUUCAUAUGUUUGCUCCACAACAUGUCAACUUGUCUAGCCUGGUUAGCUGCCUCUGUGAGAUCUUGUUGGAUAAUUCUGUGUUGGUGAAUCUUUGUAGCCCCUACUUGUUACUGAGAAGAGCAGUACUGGCUUGCUUACGUCAGCUCGUACAAAGAGAAGCAGCUGAAGUUUCAGAAUACGCUGUUAUGCUUGCUAAGGAUAGCAGAGAAGAGUUGACCUCAGAUGCUAACAUCAGAGAAGUCGGCCUUGAGGGGGCAUUAUUGAUAUUGCUAGACAAAGAGACAGAUGACAAAUUAUGCCAUGAUAUCAAAGAGACUUUAAAUUAUAUGCUUACAUCUAUGGCUGUGGGAAAACUCUCCCUUUGGUUAAAGCUUUGUGAAGAUGUACUUGCUGCAUCAGCUGAUUUUACAGCUCUAACUUGUGUGGAUACAAUGCAAGAAGAAGAAGGAGAUAAAGGGGAUGAUGCCUCAGUCCUGACCACCACACAUGAUGAAAAAUCCCAUCCUUUUACCAAUCCCCAAUGGGCUACUAGAGUCUUUGCUGCUGAAUGUGUCUGUAGGAUAAUUAACCAAUGUGAGAAUGCUAACAGUGCACAUUUUGACAUUGCUUUAGCACAAGAAAUGAAAAAAAGAGAUUCAAGAAGUGAUUUUUUGGUGUUGCAUCUUGCUGACUUAAUUCGCAUGGCUUUUAUGGCUGCCACAGAUCACAAUGACCAUCUCCGUCUAUCUGGCCUUGAAAUGCUGUUAGUUGUUAUUCGGCGAUUUGCAACUGUUCCAGAACCAGAGUUUCCAGGUCAUGUGAUUCUGGAACAGUAUCAAGCCAAUGUAGGAGCAGCACUUAGACCAGCCUUCACUUCAGAGACACCACCUGAUGUCACUGCCAAAGCAUGUCAGGUUUGCAGUGCCUGGAUAGCAAGUGGAGUUGUAAGUGACCUUAAUGAUCUACGAAGAAUUCAUCAGUUGCUUGUCUCAUCAUUAACAAAAAUACAGGCUGGAAAAGAAGCUCUAAGUCACUUAUAUAAUGAAAGUGCUUCUACCAUGGAGAUCUUAGCUGUGCUUAAAGCCUGGGCAGAGGUCUACAUAAUUGCUGUGCAAAGACGUAAAAACCACAGACAACCUUUGAAGACUACCACCUGUUUAGAAGACAGUAUCAGAUAUGGAUCAUGUUCAUCAGAUGGACUGCUUGACUUAGUCUACACAGAUAUUGGCACACUAAGCAGACUCUGGCUUGCUGCACUUCAGGAUUUUGCUCUUUUAACUUUGCCUUCAGAAUUUGCUUCCCAACUUCCUGCUGAAGGUGGUGCUUUUUACACAGCAGAGACUAGUGAAAAUGCAAAAUUGCAUUAUUACAACUCUUGGGCGCUUAUCCUCCAUGCUACAGCAUUGUGGCUUACAAGCACGGGCUUUGUUGUUGCUGACCCAGAUGAAGGAGCAUCUCAUCUCUCCAGGCCUGUAACACCAACUUCCAUGUGUCAGGGUUCAUCAUCUGGGGCUACCAUAAAGUCCCCUGAGGAUGUCUACACUGAUAGAUUCCAUCUUAUUUUAGGAAUCAGCGUGGAAUUUCUAUGUUCCUUACGUUCAGACGCAACUAUGGAAAGCAUAACUGCUUGUUUACAUGCAUUGCAGGCACUUCUAGAUGUACCUUGGCCCAGAUCAAAAAUUGGCAGUGAUCAGGACUUGGGUGUAGAAUUGCUAAAUGUUCUACAUCGAGUAAUUUUGACCAGAGAAUCACCUUCUAUUCAAUUGGCUUCACUUGAAGUGGUAAGGCAGAUUAUCUGUGCUGCUCAAGAACAUGUGAAGGAAAAAAGACGAAGUGCAGAAGUUGAUGAUGGAGCUGCUGAAAAGGAAACUCUGCCAGAGUUUGGAGAGGGAAAGGACACCGGAGGACUUGUGCCUGGGAAGUCUUUGGUGUUUGCAACACUGGAAUUGUGUGUAUGCAUUCUAGUUAGACAGCUCCCAGAACUAAAUCCUAAAUUGACAGGUAGUCCAGGAGUAAAAGCUACAAAGCCACAGAUGCUAUCAGAGGAUGGAAGUAGAUUGGUUUCAGCUGCGUUGGUUAUCCUUUCUGAACUUCCUGCAGUGUGCUCUCCUGAAGUUUUGUAUCUUACAGGAAGCAUCUCAGUUCUCCCUACUAUAUUGUACCUCACAAUUGGGGUCCUCAGAGAGACUGCUGUGAAGUUACCUGGGGGCCAGUUAUCUUCAACAGUUGCAGCUUCCCUACAGGCUCUAAAAGGAAUACUAUCUUCUCCAAUGGCCCAGGCAGAAAAGAGCUAUACUGCUUGGACUGACCUUCUUCGAAGUGCUUUAACAACAAUUCUUGACUGUUGGGACCCAGUUGAUGAAACACACCAAGAACUUGAUGAAGUCAGUCUACUUACUGCUAUCACAGUGUUUGUUUUGUCUACCAGUCCAGAAGUAACUACCAUCCCAUGCCUUCAGAAGCGCUGUAUUGAUAAAUUUAAAGCUACUCUUGAGAUAAAAGAUCCUAUGGUACAAAUCAAGACCUACCAGCUCCUACAUUCCAUCUUUCAGUAUCCAAAUCCAGCUGUUUCCUACCCUUAUAUUUACUCUUUAGCAUCCUGUAUCAUGGAAAAACUACAGGAAAUAGACAAGAGAAAACCUGAAAACACUGCUGAGCUUCAGAUCUUCCAAGAAGGCAUAAAGGUCUUAGAAACACUGGUUACUGUUGCUGAAGAACACCAUCGUUCUCAGCUGGUGGCUUGUCUUUUGCCCAUCCUCAUUUCUUUCCUUUUGGAUGAAAAUGCUCUGGGAUCAGCAACUUCCAUAAUGAGAAGUUUACAUGACUUUGCUCUGCAAAAUCUCAUGCAGAUUGGACCUCAGUAUUCAUCUGUUUUUAAAAGUUUAGUGGCUUCUUCUCCAGCCCUAAAAGCCCGCCUUGAGGCUGCUAUAAAGGGCAAUCAGGAAAGUGUCAAAGUCAAGAUACCAACAUCUAAAUAUACUAAGAGUCCUGGAAAAAAUUCGAGCAUCCAAUUAAAGACCAGUUUCAUCUGAUGUUGUUUUUUUGGAAUAGUAAGCACCUUAAUAUUAAUACUUGAUUAUUUCCUUCUCUUUGGGGACAAAAGUGACAUGUUAGACACAAGUGCUCUUGGAGGUCUAGUUGAUUGUUUUACCUUAAAUAGCUGUGACUUUUCAACAGCAUACUUAACAUUUUUUUGUGUUGGUGGGGGGGCUGGUUUUUUUUUUUUACAUUUAAAAAGACAAUGGAGCUUUCUUACCAGGAAUUUUAAGCAAGUGCUAAAGAACUAAACUUACUAACCAAUUCACUGCUGUAAAAAUGAAAUGGAUUCCUUCUAACAGUUCAUACACAUGUGGCCUACUUAAUACUGUGACAGAUAAAAAUAUGGCUCUAGCAUAAAUGAUCUGCACUAAUAUUGUAUCCCAAUUGCUGAUUUAAAAUUCUGCCUUGGCCGGGUGCCAUGGCUCACACCUAUAACCCUAGCACUUUGGGAGGCUGAGGUGGGUGGAUCAUGAGGUCAGGAGUUCAAGACCAGCUUGGCCAAGAUACUGAAACCCCAUCUCUACUAAAAAUAUAAAAAUUAGCUGGGCACAGUAGCAGGUGCCUGUAAUCCCCAGAUACACAGGAGUCAGGCAGGAGAAUCACUUGAACAUGAGAGGCGAAGGUUGCAGUGAGCUGAGAUCUUGCCACUGCACUCCAGCCUGGGUGACAAUAAUACAAAUUAUAGCUUUACAGUGUAGCAUAAAAUUUGGUAUCGAUAUCACAGUUUUUCACCAUCCUUUGGUUUAGUUUUUAUUGGCUUCAGAAAAUGGAAGUUUGACUCAUCUUAAAUAGAAUAAGGCAUCUCCACUAUUUUUUAAAUGGAUUUUUAUGUUACCUCUGUUUAACCAAUUUUGUUCAUUUUCAUUUGUGGCAAACAUUUAAUCAGUGAGUUUUAAUAUAAGUUCAUAUCUAUAUUGUAUUUAAAUCAACUAUGGGUUUAUAUAAAUACCAAGCUUAUUACAACAAAUUUAGGUUAUCAGUGAAUACAAGAAUUUUUUUUUAACAUGAAACAUAUUUUAUUAUAGAGAAAAGAUUAAUGAGGCGAGGCAUGGUGGUUCAUGCCUGUAAUCCCAGGACUUUGAGAGGCGAGGUGGGCAAAUCACGAGCAGCCUGGCCAAUAUUGUGAAAACCCAUCUCUACUAAAAAUACAAAAAAAUUAGCUGGGUGUGUUGGUGGGCACCGGUAGUCCUAGCCACUUGGGAGGCUGAGGCAGGAGAAUCGCUUGAAUGCAGGAGGCAGAAGUUGCAGUGAGCCAAGAUCGCACCAUUGCUGCACUCCAGCCUGGGCGACAGAGCAAGAUUCUGUCUCAAAAGAAAAAAGAUUAAUGAUAAAAUCAUAUUGGUUAAAAAUAUUUUUAACCCUGCUCAUGAUCAUUGAUUCUUCUAUUCAGUAUUACACUGUGUGAAUCAAGCACUAUGUCAAAACAGAGUAUUUCCCUGUUAAAAACUACAAACCGAAGUGAUAGGGGCAUGUCAGAAUUGAGAAAACACUUUGAAGCAAAAGCAAUGUGAUAUACUCUAUUUUAUUAUGUUUGUAUAUAAAUACUAUUGUAAAUUGUUCAGAGUGACAACAUUUGACAAACUCUUAACACUACAGUCAGUUUUUCUAAAUUACAUAAAUAAAGCUAAUUUUCUUUAUCA